UGGUCACGCUGAACCUAUAGAACAUAUAAUAAAAAAUUAAGUACAUUAGCAAUGCUAGGUUCACAUAUAAAUUUUUCUCUGCGUUCGUAUGCAACGAAAUUAAAUCAUCACCAAAAACUUUUGAUGGCCCGCAGCUUGCCCAAAAAAGAGACUUUAUUUGGUGUGAAGGAUAUCAUAGUCGUUGCAUCUGGAAAAGGGGGUGUGGGGAAGAGCACUAUCGCAGCGAAUUUCGCCUGCACCCUUGCCAGACUUGGAAAACGGGUGGGCCUCUUAGAUGGUGAUAUUUUUGGACCAAGCAUCCCCUUGCUGAUGAACAUACAAAGCGAGCCACUUUUAAAUGAUAAAAAUCUUAUGAUUCCACCGGAAAACUAUAAUGUUAAGUGCCUAUCGAUGGGAAUGCUCACGCCUUUAGAUGGCUCAAUCAUUUGGCGCGGUCCACUGGUUAUGUCUGCUAUUCAACGGCUGCUAAAGGGAACAGAUUGGGGCCUGUUGGACAUAUUGGUCAUAGACACCCCUCCGGGCACUGGCGAUGUGCAUCUAUCUCUUAAUCAGCAUGUACCUGUUACAGGUGUUAUACUUGUAUCCACACCCCACACUGCUUCGAUACAAGUGACAAUAAGGGGUGCUAAAAUGUAUGAAAAAAUGAAUGUACCAAUAUUUGGUGUGGUUGAAAACAUGCGCUACUCUAUUUGUGAAAAUUGCAAAAGCCGAAUUGAGUUUUUUAAAAAGGACGUUUCAAUGGAAUCUCUACCUUUAAAGCUUAUUUCUAUUCCGCUUGAUGCGCACAUAGCAGAUUGCUCGGAAGCUGGUGUUCCUAUGGUUGUAAAAUAUCCCAACAGCGAGUAUGCCAAUCAAUUUAAGCGACUGGCAAAGGAAAUUUGUUCAUUAAUAGAGAAAAAAUAGUGCGAUGCGUGCCGACUGGCAAAGGAAAUUUGUUCAUUAAUAGAGAAAUAAUAGUGCGAUGCCUUUUUAAUAAUAAUUAAUAAUUUUAUUUUAUUAAAAACAAGCAAGCCCGGUGAACUCCGUUUCGCCACAGAUAGCUUCGUUUUCUGUAACAUUUCGUUUUGUUAUUAAAGAUCGAGACAUUUUUUUGUUGUUUUAUAUUUGAAAA